AUGACACAACAAACAGUACUCUGUCAGAGUCUCGGACCAGACAUCACCAGGAUCACUCUCAACCGCCCGGAGGCUCUCAAUGCAAUCAAUGCUGACCUACUCGAAAGCCUUGUCGCCGCCCUGCGAAGACAUGCCAGCUCCAAGAUCAUCAUCAUUGAAGGGGCAGGUCCUCGAUCAUUCUGCGCUGGUGAGGAUCUCAAGCAGACUCUGGCACCUCGGACCGGCACCGCUGAAGAGCUACGUGAGGCUUUCGUCAAGCUCCAGGACAUCACCCGACUCACCUCCUCAUCGUCAGCCAUUGUGAUUGCGGCUGUGCAAGGCUUCGCGAUUGGCGGUGGCGCCGAGAUUGCGUUGGCCGCUGACUUCGUGAUCGGCGGACCGGCUGCCAAGUAUCGGUUCCCUGAGGUCCCGAUCGGUCAUGCUGCGACCGGCGGCAUCACGCUCCGCCUGUCGCAAAUGGUCGGCCUCCUUAAAGCGAAAGAGCUUCUGCUCACAGGACGCUGGAUCAAUGCUCAAGAAGCGCUGAAGAUUGGCCUACUCAGUGAGCUUGUGGACGAUCCAAAGCACCGAGCAUACGAGCUCGCUCUCGAGCUCGCCAAGCUACCAAGCAUCUCGUUGUCUGCGUCCAAGUCUUCCUUGGAAAGAACUGUCUUUCCAAACAUGGAGACCUGUCUGCACGACGAAGUCAACGUGGCGAACUACUGCUUUGCCCAAAGUGAUGCGGCCAAGGCAUUCUCUGACUUUGCUGCUCGGAAGCCAAAGGUGAAUGGGACCGCACAUGGUACCAACGGCAUCGUCAAUGGCAAGGAGCAUGGAGCUGCGAAGGACAGCAUCCCACAAUCUGCACCUCCAUCACCAACCAAAAUGAGAGAUAUCAACACAGCGCUCGACCAUGCCAUCGAGAAAUUUCCCACGCGCACUUUUCUUCGCUUCCAGGGCAAAGAUGUCACCUUCGGCGAAUUCCAUUCCAGGGUGUCGAAACUCGCUGGUGGUCUUCGACACAUUGGCAUCGGACCAGGUGAUCGAGUCCUUGUCAUGAUGCGGAACAGUGUCGAGAUGGUCGAGAUCUGGAUGGCAGUGAACCGACUGGGCGCAGUGUGGGUGCCGAUCAAUGUGGAGGUCAGAUCCGUCACGCUGAAGCAUGUCGUAUCUGCUGCCGCCCCCAAAAUCGCGAUUGUUGACAGAGAAUUUCAAUCUGCCAUCGCAGGGACCGAGGUUGUUGGUGGGACGUCACUCUAUGUGAACGAACCGAAUGGCACGGACGGCCUGCAAGCACUGUGUACUUCCGGCAGCGAAGUCAACAGCUCACAUCCAGUCAAGCCGUCAACGACUGCUGCAUUUCUGUUCACAAGCGGGACAACCGGAAAGUCAAAGCCCUGCAUACUCUCCCACGAGUACUUCAUCCUCCAAGCACAGACUCUGAUAGAUGGCUGUGAGCUCCGGCAGGAUGAUGUGCUUUACUGUCCCUUCCCGCUGUUUCACGCCGAUGCAACAGCUCUUACUACCAUUCCUGCAAUCUUGCUUGGCGCUACAGCGGCAUUAUCAGCCCGCUUCAGCGUCAGCCGCUUCUGGGAUGAGAUUAGAGAUACCGGUGCUACUGUAUACGACUUCAUGGGCGCCACGUUGGCGAUGCUCCACAAGCAAUUGCCUUCACCGUCUGAUCGCAACCACAAGAUCCGCCUGGCAUGGGGUGUGCCGAUACCAUCAUGGGCACCACAGUACGAGGAAAGGUUUGGUCACAAGCUCAUCACGUUGUACGGCAGCGUCGAAGCCAGUCUCCCUGUCUUCCAAGAUGGAAAGCUACCGCUUGGCUCCUGCGGUCGAGUCCGCCCUGGUCGUCAUCUGCGCAUCGCUGACGACGGAGACGAAGAACUCCCGCCCAACACAGCUGGCCACCUGUUACUGCGAAGCGACGCGCCAAAUGCCUUCUUCCAAGGCUACUUCAACGACCCGCAGAACACAGCUACCGCCUUUAGGGGACUGUGGCUGCACACUGGCGACCUGGCCAAGGUCGAUGAAUCUGGCAACGUCUACUUCCUUGGCAGGGUCAAGGACAUCAUCAGGCGAAGAGGAGAGAAUGUCAACGCGGCGGAAGUUGAGGACGAGUUCUUGCAGCAUUCGGAUGUGUUGAUGGCAGCGGCUUAUGGCGUGCCUCACAGCUGGAAUGCGAAGGAAAAAGUGGAUGAGCAGGCACUGUGGACUUGGGCCACUGAGCAUAUGGCGCGCUUUCAAGUGCCGAGCGUGAUCGAGAUUGUGCCUGAGAUCCGGCGUACUGCGACAGGGAAGAUCGAGAAGCAUGGACUGGCUGUUGAUGGUGGCGUGAGGUUUGACGGCCGCAAGAGCUAG